GUCUGCUUCGUCUUGAACCGAGACCGCUCCUGCCACCGACCAGUCCCUUUUUCCAUCGCCAUGCUCACCCAAGAAAACACCCUGACGAUUGCCGCUGGCGCCGCCGUGGCCCUCAUUGCCGUCGCUGCCUCCGUUCACUUCCUCAAGCCCAAGACCCCGGCGGUCGCCCAGGUCCAGAAGACGCCUCCUCCAGAGCCCGAGUUCCUGGUCCUCAAGGACGGGAGAAAGCUCGCUUAUCACAUCUACCCCCCUCCCGAGGGCCCGGUCAAGGGGACAUUGAUCUACUUCCACGGCCUCCCUGGCUCGAGACUCGAGGUCGAGCUCUUGCUCCACAGCGUCCAGGACCGCCGCGGUUACCAAGUCGUCGGCAUCGACCGCCCCGGCUUUGGCCAAAGCGACAUCGACAUGGCUUGCACCCCCGCCAGCUUUGCCCAGAAUGAGGUCCCUCAACUGCUCGAGCACCUCGGCGUCGACCAGUUCUCUGUCGCCGGCACCAGCGGCGGUGGCCCGUAUGCCCUUGCCUGCACCCGCUUCUUCCCCAAGAGUCGCCUUCGCUCGGCCGCCACGAUUGCAUCCAUCGGCCCGAUCCAUGCCAUGGGCGGUGUCUGGAACGCCCCCGGUCCGCUGUUCUCCAAGCUGAUGAGCUUCAUGAUGACGGGCCUGCCUCGCUCGUUCCACGUCUGGGUUCUGCGGAUGCAGGACGGCAAGAUCCCCAAGCUCCAGCCAUCGCACUUCCGAGGGCCCGACCGCGCGCUCGCCGAGCAGGAUCCCAAGGUCAUCGAGCUCUUCCAGAAUAGCAUGGAAGAGUCGCUCGUGCACAUCCGCAAGACUGCCGAUAACGUUGCUGCUAACCUGAUUGCACUCGGCCAGCCCUGGGGCUUCGACCUGAGCGAGAUCGACCAUCCGUACAUCCACAUUUACCAUGGCCGCAGCGACAUCAAUGUUCCGUAUCAGCACGCCGAGUACAUGGCCGCUCACAUCCGCAACGCCCAGCUGCACUUGUACGAUAACGUAGCCCACGCCUCGAUCAUCACCAAGGCCGAGAUCGUGAUCGAGAACCUUGCGAAAGACGCUCAGGAGCCCCGUUAAUCGUCGACCGAGGCGACCGCAUGUAUUUCUCAAGCUUGCUUGCCCAACUGCACAUUGUCGCAGCGCAUUCAUGCCAUAAAGCCGCACAAUCUCCCUUGGUGC